AGUGACACUCAGGGGCGGACUGACCAUUUGGAAAUUCGGGCACUGCCCGAGGGCCCGGGGUCAGUAGGGGGCCCCAUGAGAUGCCCCUGGUACCAUUUUCAUAGGCUUUUUUGAGUUUGGGCAAGGACACAGGGGCCCCAUGAUCCCCUAUUGCCCGGGGGCCCCAUGAGUUGUCAGGUUCGCCCCUGGUUCGCCCCUGGUGAUUGAAUAUUGUGGGACAGCACAGUGGCUAAAUGGUUAGCACUUCUGCCUGGCAGCACU